AUGUCUGCUUUAGAGAUAACUCAUCGUUAUCAGUGCAUCUUAACAAUGUAUGCAGGCUAUGGCGUAGCUAGAGGAGGGCCAGGCGAGAUCAGUAAUCUCUUAAAAAGCAGGGGUGUUGACCACCGCGCCGAGUCGUAUCUGACGCAACGCAUAUCCCUCGCGAUACAGUGGGGGAAUGCAGCGAGUGUAAUGGGCACUUUUGCGUCAGUUGCAGCAAUAUGCAUUCUACUAGAAGUGGGGGCGCUGCCGAGCCGCAGAAGCGGUUUCACAUGCAACGAUCCUGCCCUCUCUUUCCCGUACACCGGAGACACGUUCUCCAUCUCGCUCGUUGCCACUGUAACUGUUAUAGUGCCAUUUUUAAUUAUGUGGGUAGUCGAAACGAUCCAACAUCGAGACGACGAAUACAGCUUGAAGACGAACAAGCUUGUAACCACAGCCAAGACCGCCGGGUUAAUGUACCGGGACUACAUAUAUGGAGCAGUUGUCACUUUGACCGUACUUGAGGUCGUCAAGUGCGUCAUAGGAUCUCCCAGACCGACCUUCUUUGAUCUCUGCGAGCCUGAUAAAGCCAAGACUUGUAAUGGAUCGGAGUAUGUGAGCUCGUACACGUGUACCUCCACAAAGUACUCCAGCUACCUGAAAAUAGACUCUGGGAGGAGCUUCCCUUCUGCUCAUGCGGCCAUGUCGACAUACUGCGGUCUUUUCUUAGCUUGGUACCUCCAAAGACGCGCGUUCAGUUGGCACAACCGCUCCGUGCUCAUCGUGCCUCUGAUCCAGGCCUUAUGUCUGAUCUACGCUGCCGUCUGCUCCUUGAGUCGACUCACUGACCAUAGACACCACUGGUGGGACGUCUUAGUCGGCGGGUCUAUGGGUGUACUGGCUGUUCUAUAUACGAUCCUGGUUUUAUGCAAGAAUUUCUCACAGCCAGCCGUGGUGAGCACCAGCGACAUAUCCAGCAGUGAUGGCAAUAAUCACCAAUCAGUACGAAGACUCCUUUCAAGCAAGCCUCAUGUGGAGAUGCCCUAGCCUCAAGCAGUGUAAGCCCUGUGCUUACUUGGAAUUUAAAAAAAAAAACUGUGGCAGCCGCGUAGUGAUGUGAUUCGAAUAUUGAAAUCAGCGCGGGAUUAUGAACAUUUUUAAAUGAAUUGACAUUAAUUAUAGCGGCAAAUUGAUUUUGUAAAUAUUUUUUAUUUUAAAACGAAAUGAUAAGGUAUGUUACCAAAUGGUAAAAGGAAUUGUACUGCUGACAUGCUGUAAAUCGAUCCGUGAAUGUAUCGAUUUUGCCAUAAAUUUAAUGUGAUGGUAGUAGUCAAUUAAGUCUAUGUUUCAAUGAAGCGAUUUUUAAAAUGCUAAUCAAGAAUUGACACAGUUUCUGCUUCUGCGUAGAUGGCUUAAAUAUUUGAUGAUCACUGAAUUUUGUAGUUUUGUAGUCAUGUCGAGUCCUUCAUAGGCAGUUUUAGUGCUAAUGAGAGCGUGAUUUCUAUGUAAAUAAAUAAUUAAAACUUAGAUAAUUAGCGUUAUUUAAAAUACUACAUAUUUGUUAUAAUCGUUUUAUAUUUUAUUUAUUUGCAAAAAAAAUUCUUACAUUCCUUUCUCAGUGAUCUGUAAGAAAUUAUUUGAAAACAUUUUUAUACUUACGUAACGUAACGUUCGAGAAUUCUAAAUUAUUUUCAUUUUAAAUAAUUUUAGAGUUUGUAAAAUAUUCCAGUGAUUAUUCUUUGUCAUCAACAAAAUGUCAUUUUAUCACAUAAUUGAAAACUGAGAUCCUACUUAUGCACUUAAUUUAUUAUAAUUUCAUAUAACCUAAAAAGCAUAAAUGCGAACGUUUGUGAGGAUGUAAGUAUGUGUGUUACUCUUUCACGCAUAAUCUCCUGGACGGAUUGUUAUGAGGUUUGGUACAAGGGUGGAAUAUAACCUGCAAUUACACACAGGGUACUUAUUAUCCCGAAAUUCCCACGGGAGCGAAGCCUCUGGGUGCAGUUAGUAAAAAUUAUAUGAAAGAAAUAGGGAAUGAGUAACAGUAUUUGCUUUAUAGUACCUGUCUAGUCGUAAGUUUAUAAUUAUACGAAUAAGUAUUAGAUAUCAUUACCCACCUUGUAUUUAUAAAUUAUACGUAGAAAAAGAUUUUUAUAACAAUCAUAUUUCAUAAAUAAUUUGACUGGUAGUUCCAUAGUAUUUUCUCUCUGAAUUCUAUCAACGUUUUAACAAGGUUUUUUAUAAUUUUAUCAGUGAACAAUUUCAAAAGUAUAAUAUGUUAUUUGUGAAACCUAAAAUAAAACUAAACUAUCAAAAACUUAAAUAACACACUUUUAUCUAUAUAACAACGAUUUUUGUUACAUAAUAAUCGAUCGUGUUUUAUUUUUAUGAUCAGUUUUUAUUAAAAAAAAAAAUAACUAGCAAGUUUUGAUUAUUUUAAGUAAUCAUUUUUUUUAUUUUAUAUACGUCGACAUUCCUUCGCAUUUAAUGAACCAUAAAUAGAUGUAGAUUUUUUUUUUAAUUUUUCAAAAAUGUAAAUAUAUGUGAAGUGUACAAAUGCGUGUCUGAAUGUAUGUUUUAAAUAAAUGAAUAGAUAAUUUUC